AUGGUAAUAAAUAAUAAUAAAAUGUCGGUUUAUUGGCCGAUCACGUUGUUUUGGAAGGCGUUCGGUGUGUUCCCGGCAAGCGUGCAGGGUGGUCGCCGGAACAGUAACACGUCACUGCCGAUACUGUCCACCAUGCUGCUGUUGGCGUCGAGCUUGUACGCGCUGUUCGCGGGGCCGGUGGUCGUGUGCCGGAUCGGCGAAAAGUGCACCAGCGAGUCGAUCAGGAUCCUGAAACAGGUCUAUCCGGGCAUAGCGAACGUAACGUCGAUGCUGUCGAGGAUCGCUCUAUCGUACUCGGUUAUGGUGGGAUUCGACAAGUACACGGAGACGAUGGAGUGCUACGAAACGUACUCGCCGACGACGGUGGCCGAGGCCAGCCGGUACAAGGUGUUCACGGCCGCGGCUGUGUGUGCUUGCCUGUUGCUGGUCAUACCGGUCAACGGAAUGCGGUUAUGGAUUCUGUGGACGGACAGCGUUGAUCCUAUUCUGGCGAUCGUCCAUUACACGUUCAUCUACGUCCAGAACUUGACCAUGUGCUGUUCGGAGACGCAAUUCGCUGAACAGUGUUUCAUGUUGUAUGAUAAGCUGAAGACUGUCAAUGACGACGUCGCCGUGCUGGGCGGGCCCGCAGGGUUGGCACGUUUUUCGAGACACUUCCGAACGACCGCUGGAGCAACACCCGAUGCGCCUGGCACUGCAGUUGCAGUCACGCCACCCGGUGCUGCGGACGGCGCAGCUGCAGCGGUCGCGGUCCGUGAGGUGCAGGAUCCGUUGGACAGCGUUGUGGCAGCGACCGUCACAGUCGAGACGCUGCGAAUCAGACACUGGCUGCUGCGUGAAGCUAUUAGCUGUCUGAACCGCCUGUUCGGUGUGCAGCUGGGCAUGUCGGUGUGCGCGCUGUGCGUGAUGUCAUUUUUUGACAUAUAUUACGAGACGUUUCACGUGAUGGGUGUAUACAUCAUGUCUGACCUCAUCAUAUACUCCUGGAUGCUGCACUACGUAGUGAGAUACGUGGGAAUCGUCCUGAUGUCACAUUACACCACAAAGCAGGUUAUUCACAUAAUUCACAUUUUUUAUUCGUAUAAAACGUAG